UAUAAGGAUGAGAUGGACAUUGAGGAUGCAGUGUGCAAGCAUGGAGGUGUGUGUGACUACUCUACUGCUGCUGGUGUGUGCAGCCUGGAGUGAGGCUGCCCCUGUUUCCAUCUCCAUGGGAGACACAGCUGCAUCUGAAGAUGAUCAAACUUUGGCUGAGGACUAUCUGGAGCGCUUCUUCUCAGAUGUCGGGACUUCAAAUGGAACUAUCAUGAGGAGUGUGACAGAAAAUACUUCUUUCAAAGACAACCUGGAGGCGAUGCAGUCUUUCUUUGGCCUGGAAGUGACAGGCACACUGGAUAAGAACACCAUUGAGGUGAUGAAGGCGCCCAGAUGUGGUGUCUCUGAUAUCAGCAGAUACGGGCACUUUGCUGGACGCCCAAAGUGGGAGAAGAAACGAAUUACCUACAGGAUAACUAUUUACACCCGUGAUCUGAGUCAGAGAGAGGUGGACUACACCAUUGGCCAGGCCUUCAAACUGUACAGUGAUAUCAUUCCUCUGGACUUCAAACAGAUCACCAGUGGCACUGCUGACAUCAUGAUCCUCUUUAAAGGCGGAUAUCAUGGGGACUUUUGGCCUUUUGAUGGUAGUGGAGGUGUCCUGGCUCACGCCAGCUCUCCUGGUCAGGGUGAAGGUGGUGACACCCAUUUUGAUGAUGAUGAGAACUGGACCCUGACGUCUCGAGGAGUGAACCUGCUUUUGGUGGCAGCUCAUGAGUUUGGUCAUGCACUGGGACUGGACCACUCCAGGGACAGAAGUGCCCUCAUGUACCCCACCUACCAAUAUGUCAACACUAAUGGAUACAAGCUGCCUGACGAUGACCGGCUAGGAGUUCAGAAUUUGUAUGGUACUCGGAAAGGUACCGCUCCAGACCCUACACCCCCUCCUCCUAAACCAAAGCCAAGGCCAAGACCAGGCCCAAGACCAGGCCCAAGGCCAGACCCAGCUCCAGCUCCUGGGCCCAACCCCAAAGAUGAACAGUGCAGCCGCAGUCUAGUGUUUGAUGCUGCCACCUCCAUCAAUGGCGAUCUCUAUUUUUUCAAGAAUGGAUAUUAUUGGAGAAGAAGUAGAAUGAUCAGAGGAAUUCCUUUAAUCAAAGUGCAAACAACAUGGCCACAGAUCACUUAUGUGGAUGCAGCUUGUGAAAUUCCUUCGAAGGCAGUAUACCUCUUCCAAGGCAACAAAUUCUGGAAAAUAAACCCGCGAGACAAAACCAUUUUGCCAGGUUAUCCAAAAACAUUAAGCAGCUUGGGCUUCGCCUCAAGUGUGGACAAGAUAGAUGCUGCACUGUACGAGCCCCUCACAAAGACCAUUUUCUUUUAUAAAGGAGCACAGUAUUGGAGCUAUAAUCCCAGAAGAGAACAAAUGUACAAAGGAUACCCAAGGGCUUUAUCUGUUGGCUUCCCUGGAAUUGGUAACAAAGUGGACGCAGCUUUUGAGAAUUACGGUUACCUUUACUUCUCCAACGGCGCGAGGCAAGUGGAGUACAACUACCGCUACUUGAGAGUGCAGCGCACCCUCCUCAACUAUGGGUGGCUCAACUGCUACUAGUAGUAGACCCCACCACAUGACAAAACAUCACUUAAUACAUCCAGCAGCUUGUAAAUUUGAAUUGAAUUGAAUUGAACCGUUCAAUGCUUCACUUAAGGGUAGAGGAGAGAUAGACUUCUCUGCAUAGCCUGUCUGCCUCUCCACCUUCUCCAUGUUUUUGUACGGACUGUCCACUAGCCUACUGUUUUACUGCUACACUGUUUACAUGCUAUAUUAGCACACAUGCACACUCCCUCCCACUGCCUGCAUUGUGGCCGUACAUAAUACCUAAUACUUUAUACUUAAUACUUGACCAAUGGCUGUAACCCUAUUACUUCAACCUAUUCUUGCACUGAUAUAGUUUUUAUAUAGUUUUGAUAUUACUUUGUCUACAUUAUUCUCUUAUAUGUCCAUAUUUAUUUUAUGCUAUUUUAUGCAACUGUUGCACUGUUGAACCUAUUUGCACCAUCACCAUGACACUCACUCUCAUAGAGCACCUUACCAUGCAUACAGAAUUACAGGCUCAGUCCCUGCCCUGUCACUGCAAGUGCCUGAUGCUUGAUCAUCCUUAUACUAUGUGGAUAUUUCGUAUUUAAGUAUUUUUUAUCUUCUACUGCCUCUAUUGUGCAGUGGAGUAGGAGAAAAAAGAAUUCUGGAGAUUUCCUAGCCUGACAUUGUCAUACUCAAUUCUAGUCAGAACUGCUCCAUUGGGACGUGAUUAUGGGGUGUGUUUCAACCAAUAGUGGGAAAAUGCCUAACCAAUCAGAGCAAUGAAAUAGCUUAAUAGCU